AUGAGUCUUCUCAACACAAUAUUAUUCAACUCAAGAAUAAUAUCAAGCUACCCAAAGUUGGUAAGAACUGGAGCAUCAUUAACUUCUCUUGAUGCUGCUGUCACUACCAUUACUUCCAAGGCAGCCCCAGUGAACCAUUCCGCUGAAAUGGCGCGUCUUAGAAAAAGAUUACCUAGCAGACCUGGUCUUGUGGGGGUCAAAAAGGGUAUGAUCUCAUAUUUCACUCCUAGUGGCGAGAAGUUCCCAUGUACUGUGGUGGAAAUUGACUCUGUGGAAGUGUUAUACACCAAAACUCCAGCCAAAGAAGGUUACUAUGCCGUUCAAUUAGGAUAUGGUGCCGUCAGUUCCAAAAAGAUUAGUAGAGCCAUGUUGGGACACUUUGCUAGAGCUGAAGUAAACCCAAAGGAAGCAAUUUAUGAAUUCCAAGUGAAAGACGAAACCGGAUUAUUGGAAAUAGGCACCGAAUUGAAAGCUGAUCAUUUUAAAGAAGGACAAUACGUCGACUUGAAGUCGGUUUCUAAAGGUAAAGGAUUUGCAGGUGUCAUGAAGCGUUGGCACUUUGCUGGUUUGAGAGCUUCUCACGGUACCUCUGUGGCUCAUAGACAUGGUGGUUCUUAUGGUCAAAAUCAAACUCCUGGUAGAGUUUAUCCUGGAAGAAAGAUGCCUGGUCAUAUGGGUCAUAAGAACGCUACCAUACAGAAUAGCGAAGUGAUUGAAGUUAAUGCCGAAAAGGGAUACAUUUUGAUCAAAGGGCCAAUUAGUGGGGCUAAUGGAACUUUUGUCAAAAUUCAAGAUGCUAUAAAGAAGCAAUAA